AUGAUGGCACUGACGCGAAUCUCGGUGCUGACGCUGCUAGCGGCGCAGGCUGGCCUACAAGUGUCGGCGCGCGCCCUACCAUCGCAAGCAGGCACUCCGGAACAGCCUUUUGUGGUCGAUUCUGAUCCCAUCUUGCACGGCCGUGACGUCGCCGCCCCUGCUCCCGCCGUCACUCCUGCCUCCAACACCGACAUCAACCUCACCCAGUACGUCAACAUCUUUGUCGGCACCGAGGCCAACGGCGAUCCUGGCGAUGUCUUCGCUGGUGCCUCUGUCCCCUACGGCAUGGCCAAAGCCACCAUCAACGUCGAAGGCUACGCGCCCGCUGGCUAUGUGUGGCCCUCGGACCAGCCCACGCGCGGCGUCAGCCCACUGCACGACUCGGGCACCGGCUCGAGCUCCGGCAGCUACGGCAACUUUUGCAUCAUGCCCGUCCUUUGCGAUGACAACGCGAUCGAUGCGUGCCCCACGCUGCUCGACGACCGCAAACGCAUGCGUCGCAAUCACACGGACCAUGGCCGACCCGGGUACUUUACCACCACGCUCGACAACGGCAUCAAGAUCGAGGUCACCAGUACGCGCAGGAGCACACUCGAGAGGUAUACGUUCCCUGCCGCCGAGAUGGCUCGGACAAAGUCGAGCCCGUAUCUUGUGCUCGAUUGGACCAACGACUCGCCGGGCACCUUCAGGGGUGGCGAGAUGAAGGCCAACUGGGAGGCUGGGCGCUUGACGAUGAACGGUACUUGGCUCAGCUCGUGGGGGCCCGGGGACUUCCCGUACCAUGCAUUCCAGUGUGUCGAUCUGAAGUUCGACAGCAAGCAGACGCUGGGCAAGCAUGCGUUCUUUGGCGGUAACCGUCGUGGGUACGAUUCGAAGCGUACCGAUCUAGACCACUGGGUGAGGCUCGCCCAACAGGUCGGCCAGUAUCAGGCCGGCGCCGUCGUCGGGUUCAAGGUAGACACCGCAACCAAGCAGGAUGUGACGAUCACCGUUCGACGUGGUGUCUCGUUCGCCUCGGCCGACAAUGCCUGCCACAACAUGGAGACCGAGAUCAGCAAUUGGAACUUCGAUGCUACCGUUGCAGCCAGCCAGGCGCUGUGGGAGGACAAGCUGCAGCGUAUCCAGCUGGACCCUGCCACGCCCGACUACGUCCGCCGACUCUUCUACACGAGCUUCUAUCGCACCUUCCUCUCGCCGAACAACGCGACCGGCGAUGGCCCGUUUCCGACCACCGCCCCCUACUUCGACGGCAUGUACUGCACCUGGGACACGUACCGCACGCUGUUCCCUUUCCUCUCAUUGUCGAGUCCAGGCGAUUUUGCGCAGAUCGUCGAGACGUACAUCGAUGGCUGGCGGAAGGAGGGUUGGCUGCCGGAGUGCAGGGCCAACCAGAUCAAAGGAUUCGUGCAAGGCUCGAACCACGGUGUCGAGGUGCUUGCUGAUUUUGCGGUCAAGUAUGCUAAGGCGGCCGAAUCGCUAGGCGUCAAUACGGACGAGCUGUACCAAGCGAUGCAGCACGACCUUGACGUGCCAUCGCCACAGUGGGAGUACGAGGGACGCCAGGCUGCGCCGUAUCAGCUGUACGGCUACAUCCCGUUCAGCUACAUUGAUCCUGUGUCGGUGGGCGAGCAGACACGAGAGGCGAGUCGCUCGCUCGAGUAUGCCUUUGGCGACUUUACAGCUGCCAUGACCGCCCUCGCGCUCGGCAAGCCCAACGAAGACGUCCAGCGGUACGCCAAAGCCUCACUGAACUACAGCCUCAACUUCGACCACCACUCCUCCAGCGACGGCUUCACCACUUUUGUUCAACGCCGCUAUGCCAACGGCACGUUCCAACCCACCGACCCGACCUUCUGCUCGCCGCUCGACACCAACCAGUCGCACGCUUGCAGUCUGCAGGCCGAGAACGACUUUGGCGUCUACGAAUCGUCUUCGUGGGAGUACAGCUUUUACGCUCCGCACGAUCGCGCCGGUCUGGUCGAGCUGAUGGGCGGCAAGGCGACAUUCGAGAAGCGACUCGACCACUUCUUCGACAAGGGCUACUACGGACCGGGCAAUGAGCCGAGCUUCGACACGCCGACCAUGUACCACUUCAUCGGCAAGCCGUGGCGCAGCGUGCAGCGUGUGCGCGAGGUGGUGCACAAGUACUUCUCCCUGAAGCCAGGUGGUAUUCCGGGUAACGACGAUAAUGGAGCGAUGGCUUCGCUGCUCGGAUGGUAUCUGCUGGGACUGUACCCCACGCCGGGCACCAAGGAGCUGCUGGUGCUGUCGCCAUUCAUGCCAGGGUACACGAUUGACAAUCCGUUGCUGGGUAAGGCGACGGUGACAGUGCGCGGGUUUGAUGAGCGCUCGAUCGGUGGAAAGAUCCCAACUGGUGUCAAGGCGUACGUGCAGCAGGUGCUGAUCGACGGCAAGCCGCACAGCUCGCGCUGCAGGAUGAGCUUCGAUGAUCUCUUUCCCGGCGCGCCGGGCGCAGAGAGGAGGGUGGAGAUCGUGCUGACGGACCGCGAGAUUGGUGGGUGUGGUGCUGGACCCGACGACAAUCCUGCGUCGCUGUCGACGGGUGGAUUCCUCGACUUCAAGAGCAAGUAG